AUGUUAGAAGUAUUAUCCCUUCCCAGGGUUAUCCCUUUUAGAAUCUCCAAUUUUCUCUCCUUAUUCUCUCCGUACACGGAUGAAGGCUUUGAGGAGAAAAUCAGGGACCAUGUGGGGAGGCUUGUGGAUGGAGAGGGACAUCAGUUUGCGCAAAUGUUGUGGGGAAUCAGGCAACAUGAGAUCUUCAAUGUUGUCCAAUUGAGAACUUCGGACCAUGUCGAUGUUGCUAUUCAGUGUCAUGUUAACACCGGAGCUGGCAAUGACCACUUUCUGAACCCUCCCUUCGCCCAUCAUCAUGGCCAAAUUGUAAGCGACCAUCCCCCCAUAGCUCGUGCCAACCACGUGCAACUUCUCCACCUCCAAUUUAUCCAGAAGCUUCCACAGUGA